AUGCCGCCUGAGGAGGCAAGUGCCGCAGCCGGAGAUGCUGCUGCCUGUCAUCAGAAGCAGAAGCAGCAGCAGGGAAAGUUCGUGCGGUUGCUCGCGGAAAAGGGGAAAGGCGACUUGGCUCUUGUCAACACCGUUUCAGGCGAUGCUUACCCUCCUACUGGAAAUUUCCCCCUGCCAGCCACAGUAGACAGCAGCAGCAGCAGCCGCAGCCGCGGCAGCAGCAGCACCUGUAAGGCCUACUCCAUACUGCCUCCAGCAUUUCGAGCAGCUUCUACACAAACCCUAAACAUCUGCUUCCCCGGUGUAUCCUGGGCGGGUUUGUGCUCACCAGCAGCAGGACAAGCAGCAGCAGCUGCUGCAGAAGUGGGGAGAGAGUUUAACCGACGUGUUGAUGCUUCUGCUGAUCCUGCAAGACACACGUGGAUCCUUGUUCACAUGCAGCAGCAGCAACAACAGCAGCAGCAGCAGCAGGCAGUUGCUUGCGGGGCUCGUGAAUCUGCGUGGUCGCCCAAAUCUUGCUCCUCGAGGGCAGCAGCAGCAACCCCAGAUGCAGCAGCAGCAGCAGCAUCAGCAACCCCCGGCUGCUCCCUUACUACCCGUCAGGCCCUAUUCUUGCAGCAGUGGCGCUGCAACAUUGCUGCACUGCUGGAGGCGCAACGCUUGCCUGAGGUGCUGCAGCAGCAGCUGGCUGCCUCAGCAAUAGCAACAACAGCAACAGGAGCAGCAGCAACCACAGCAGAAGCAGAAGCAUCGCCUGCACCUACUCUAGCGACUGCGCAGCGGCAGCUGCAGGCAGCGAGACGGAACAUUGCCUCUCGCUAUGCCUUCCUUGUAGAAGAAAGCCGACAGCAGCAGCAACAGCAGCAGCAACAAAAACAGCAACAUCCCUGUCCGUCAGCCAACAGCAACAGCAACGGCAACAACAGCAGCAGGACCCCAGAGGAAGCGCAGCUGGCUGGAUGGCAUUGGCCUUCGACGUUGCUGCAGCAGCGGGAAACAGCAAAGUCUCUAGAUGCCGCACUAGCGCAGCAAAUCAGAAACCAAAGAGCUGCCCAGCGCCAGCUUGCGUCGAGGACCCACAAGUUGCCCCGUCUCCUGUGGCGCCUUCUUGCAGAAGCGAAAGAAGUCGAGAGGCAGCAGCGCAUCGUGCUGUAUGAGCAGAGCUCGCGGGUGUACGGACGGCGGGACCUCUUUGCAGACUGGAGCGGCGAGCACCACCGCAUGCGUCGAGCGUUUGUGCUGCAGCUGCAGCAGCAGCAGCAGGUGCUGCAGCAGCAACAGCAGCAACAGGUUAAGCAACUGCAGCAGGAACUCGAUCGCUAUCGACUAAAAGUGCAGCAAAAAUCAGAGACAAACAGAGAAGACAGAAAAAAAAUGGAAAAGCAGCAAAGCGAGUUGAGGGCUCUACAAAGAAGACUCCAUAAAAAGAAGCAACAGCAGCAGAAGCGCCGCCUGCUGCUACUCCACAUCAAGAGGCAGGCAGCUCCGUUGCUUCUGCGGCAACCAAGGCAGCAGCAGCAGCAGCAACAGCAGCAGCAGGUGCACUUGCUGCAACAGAGACUCGAGCAACAACAGCAGGCCCUUGAUAACGCCUUGGCGCUGCUCAUACAAACCCAACAAGUCUUAGAGGACUCAGCCUCCUCCUCUGAUGCUGCUGCUGCUGCUUCUGCGCGGCAGCAGCAGCAGCAGCGUCUGCAGCAGAGGCUGCAGCAGCAGCAGCAGCUUCAGCAAGAGCAAAGACACUCACAACAUGGCCAGCUUCAGCAGCAGCACGUGCAGCCUCACGAGCAGCAGCAGCAGGAGCAGCUGCUGCUGCUGCAAAUGCACCAACAGCAACUGCAGCAGCAGCAAAAACGGGUAUCUAGCAGCCUCGGAGACUCGUCCGCCAGGGUCCCGCCGCUAAAGCGUCGCUGCAGCGCAGCACAAGACACUGCGCAGCAGCAGGAGCAGAAGCAGCAGCGAGAAGAGAAACUCAUGAGACAUGCCGGAUCAGAUGCAAAUGGGAAAUCGGCUGCAGUGGCUGCUGCAGCUGCUCCUGGAGCAAGCCAUCUGCCGCCGAGCAGUAUGCGACUGGUGAUUCGACCCAUGAAUGUUGGUGCUGCUGCGUCCGAACAGCCGCAACAGCAACAACAGCAGGAGCCAUUCACGGCGAACAUGCUGGCAUUUACUGACCGCUGCGGCAGCUUGAGGGAUCAACACCAGGGACAGCAGCACCACCACCACAACCACCUGCGACAGCAGCAAGAGCAGCAGCAGGUUUCAACAUCAUCAGCAGCAAACUAUCAUCUGAAGCAAAACCUGGAGAGUACUAGCAUGAUGAUGGAAGAAGAGCAGCCGCUGUGCUGCAGCAGCGGCAGCGAGAAGGGAUCUUUGCUGGCGCCCUCCACGUCGGCUGUUGCUGCUGCUGCUGUAGCAGGAGAUACCGGCCUUUUGCAAGACGUUACAGCAGAUCCAGAAGGAAGCAGCUGCGCCAAUCAUUACAUGCAGGCCGACACAGCUGCAGCAGCAGGAUCUGCUGCUGCAGCAGCUGCUGCUGCUGGUGGAGCAGGCAGCGUAAAUGGCACUGCAGCUGCAGCGAGCGAUUCCUGGGAUCGUCUUCACCACGCCAACAGCAGCAGUAGCAGCAACGGUGACUUUGAGAGCGACAGCCAGAACAGUUGGCACGAGAGCGGUAGCGACAGCAACAGCCGCAGCAGCAGCAGCAACGGCAGCAGCACCAGCAGCAACAGCAGCAGCACCAGCAGCUGGCGCAGGGGCGCUGCUUCCGGGCCGCUGCUUGCAAACGCUGAAAGAGCAGCAGCAGCAGCAACAACAGCGGGAGCACCGGCAAUAGGGAAAUACUCGGCGCUUCUGAGUGCUGCAGCAGCUGCUGGAGGCCUCAGUGGAGAGGCGUUGCAGCAGCUGGCUUGGCUUGACGAGAGACGUGCCGACAGAACGGUGGUUCCCCCUAGCCAAGAUCCUUACCGAGACGGUUCCCUCUUCACAGAGUGUUUACACCUAGAGACGUCACUCUUCUCGCUGCUCCGCCUGGCCAGUACCGACAGCCCGCCUCCUGACAUUGUGGCCAAUAUUCUUCAGUUGAAUCGACUGCUCUUGGAAGCCAAGCGGCAACUGGAUGCGGGUCGCUACCGCCUCCUCAAGCAGAUGAAGCUACUGCUGGCGGAGUCCAACUCUCCCUUUAACAACUUUCACCAGCUAAGGCGGGGCUACCGCCUGCUAAACAUGCUCGGCCGAGGCGGCUUUGCAGAAGUGUGGGAGGUUUUCGACCCACUGACAUGCUCCGUAGCAGCAGCCAAGCUUCAUGUUCUGUCGUCAGUUAAGCGAGAAAGGGAAAGGCUAAAGAUCGUUAAACGCGUGCAAAAUGAGAUUGAAAUACACAAAGAUAUUAGGCCGCAUCCUCACAUCGUGGAAAUGAAGGCCUGUUUUGAGAUGGGCAAUGACGUCCUCGCCAGCAUUCUCCAGUUCUGUGAAGGAGGUGAUCUCGACCACUACUUGAAGAUUUCGGGGCCUCUGGAGGAGCCCUUGGCGGCUCGUUGGAUCCGGCAGAUUCUGCUGGCGCUGCACUACUUGAAGCAUCAACCCAACGGCAGCAUUUACCACCUGGACGUGAAGCCGGGGAACGUCUUGUUGCAGGAAGGUGACUGCAAGCUGGCAGACUUUGGACUCAGUUGCUUCGUCCCCAGGGGGGAGACAAAGCCAUUUACAGGUGGAGGGACGCUGUGGUAUCAGCCUCCCGAGUGUCUGCUGCUUCAACAGCAGCAGCAAGGCCGGCAGCAACAUCAGCAACCACACGAGCAACCAGCCCGCAUAGACACCAUUGCCCAAGACCGCAUCAAGAAGGAGCCGUCUCCCAGAAACCAGCAGCAACAGCAACAGCAGCAGCAACAGCAGCAGCAAAAGCAGCUGCAACAACAGCAGCAGCAGCCUCUACUGGUGCUGGCGGAUGAGAAAAUUGACAUAUGGGCAGUGGGUUGUAUCCUAUACGAGAUGCUUUUCAACAAGCGGCCUUUCUGCCGCGGCCUCCCCCCCGGACACGCCGACCCUUCUGCACAUAUAAUCGCGAACGCCAAGGAGGGGUUCAUUGUCCCUAACGGGCCCAGAAGGAUCUCCGAUGCAGCAGAAGACAUGCUGCGGCGUUUGCUUGCCUACGAUCCUCGGGAGCGGCUGUCCUUAGAAGAGGCCUUGGAGCAUCCUUUCCUACGCAAACCCUCAGCUGGGGCUAAGUUGGCCGACAGAAUUGAGGAGACACUUCUUGCACUGGAGAAACAAUAG